CUUACCCACCCCCAUCACAACCUCCCUCCCCCUUUUCCCUCCGCUCGACGCGGCGCUUUGUUGCGCACUCACGCGACAGCCGCCUCCCACCACCACCCCCCCCCGACUCUCGCCCGCCAGCCCCAUCCCGAACUCGGCGCGCCCCAAGCCGAGAGACGCAGGCGCACGCACGCGCGCACGCACGCGCGGAGACGGGGAGAGGGCGACAGAGGCAGACCUGGAAAGCAAGCGCCGAGCCGCCACGGCCAGGGCAGAGGAGCCGCGGCAAAAGCGAGGAGCCGACAGUCCGCUGGCAAUGGAGGAGAAAGAUGCUGGCCGCUCUGCCACGGGGAGCCGCGCCACUCGGCAAAGUGCCGCGUGGCGAUGAACAGGUUGCGUGCGGGUGGCUCCGGACUGCUGAGCGAGCGAGCGGGCGGGCGAGCGGGCAGGACGAGCGAGGAGACGCAGGGCUGUCUGACGCCUUUUGUGUUGAGCUGUGAUUGUGGCUCGCUGGCUGGCUGGUUCGUUGGGUGACUGGCUGGCUAGCUGGCUCAUUGGGUGAGUUAGUGGCUUGAGGGUUGCCUCGGCUGCGCUGGGAGCUAUUGCAGCAGCAGCAGCAGCAUCGCGAUGAAGGUGACCGUGUGUUUUGGACGGACCCGGGUGCUGGUGCCGUGCGGGGAUGGUGACCUCACGGUGCACGCGCUCAUCGGACAGGCCAUCACGCGCUACCGCAGGGCCAUCGGCAAGGAUGCCACUUAUUGGGUCCACGUGCGUCACCUGGAGCACGGGGACGGGGGAAUCCUGGACUGGGACGACACCGUCAGCGCCGUGGCGGAUGAUCGUGACAAGCUGCUGGCUGUGUUCGAGGAGCAAGAACCCCCUCGGGGUGGCGAUGGCGCCAGUGGAAGCUCAGCCGGAACCCAGAGCCCUGAAGCCUUCAGCAGUGAGGCCCUCCCCAGUGGUGGUGGUGCCGGCAUGGCCUGCAGGGUCUCCGAGCUUGGGGGGUCCUUGUUCCGGGGGUCCGAGCUCGCGGGGGUGUCACGUCGCGGCUCGGACAGCUACGGCUCGAGAGCGCCAGGGACGGCGGCCCCCCCCUCUUGCAGGGUGGCUGAGCGGGGCCCCAGCGAUGGGGAGGCGGAGAGGGCUGGCGUGACCGGAUUCUGCCUGUACCAGCUCGGCAGUGAGAUUGAAGUGACACCCUCAGCUCUCCGCACGAACACACCCCUGCAUGUGCGGCGGAGCAGUGACCCGGCCCAGCUGGGACCAUCCUCGGGGGUCUGCAUGGGGGCCCUGAGCCACCUGCUCCCCCGGCACGGUUCCUCCCGCGAUGGCUGCGGCGGCCCCCCCAAGGGUCGGGGACGCUGGGGAGCCAAGGCCGACACCCUGCCCCGGCCGCGCCAUGGCAGCCCACAACAGGGCACCCUGCCCUCGGCCGCUACCAUCCCCCGCGCCAAGGCGGAGGUGGCGAGGAGAUUGGGGGGCGGGGACGGGUGUGGGCCGAUGGCACGGCACGCCGGGGGAGGAGCGUUCCAGCGCGUAGCCGCUCGCUCAUCCCUCAGUGCCGCUCACCCCAUGGUCGACCGCUGGCUGGAGCGGCAGGAUCAGGAUGAUGGAGAAUGUGAGGAGAGGAGCGAUGAUCGCAUGGAUCCAGUGGGGCACGCAGACUACUCGCAAAAGCACACGCACAACACCGGCACAUGCAGUGACAUGGUUCAUCUGGUGGAGAUCCCCAACGACGGGGGUCCCCUGGGGAUACACCUAGUGCCCUUCCUGUCAUCCUCCAGCAGGAGCCUGGGGCUGUGCGUGCGUCACUUGGAGGAGGAGAGCCGCGCAUGGCGUGAUGGCCUCCUCUCCACGAACGAUGCCAUCAUCGCUAUCAACUCGCGCCAGCUGCUAGACAUCGGCUUUGAGCUGGCGCAGCAGCUGUUCCGGCAUGCCAUGCAGUGCUCGGUCAUCCGGCUGUGGGUCGUCCCAGCCGCUCAGCGUGAGGCCUACGAGCGUGACCUCUCCUCGCCGGCCUCCCCGGCCUCCCCGGCCUCUCCAUCGUCCCGUGCCGCCUUCCUCCGGCCGCGGCCCUUUCCCUGGGGGGAAGUGUCUCCAUGCGGCGCCGCUGGCGACGUUCGUGUGCUCGGCUGGGAGGCGCACGGCAGCUGGGACGCGCGCGGGGCCACGUGGGAGUCGCACGGCGAGUGGGACGCUCGCGCCGACUGGGGGCCGCCGCCGCCACCCCCCAUUUCGGCGGCCACGGCAGUGGCAUGCGCGGGGCUCAAUGGUGGUGGUGGCGAUGUUUGCGGCUCUUGGCAUCGCCCGGACGAUGGGGCCACCACCAGCGCCGUGGGGGCUUGCGCUCAGUGCGUCGUGUCCACGGCACUCGGUCCCAACGGGCUCCUCCAGGACUGCCUCCUCUACCGGCCCCAUGUACCUGCAGUGGCGGCGGCAUUGACAGAUGCCGCGCAAGACGCUCGCUGGGCGUGCUGUGGCGGCGGCGGCGGCAGUGGCCCGCAGCCGGGCACGCCGGCCCGCACGCUGCCUCUUUGCCAGCAAGUGCACCGAGCGCCCUGCUCUCAGAGUCUCCCCACGUUCCCGUGCACGGUGGCGGCUAUUGCCGCCCCCUUGGCCAACGUGCAGGCGGAGCGGGCGUCCUCGCCGGUCGUGCCGCGCAGGCACUCAGGCCGGCGGUUCAGAGUGCAGCUCCAGAAAGGGCCAGAGGGACUGGGCUUCAGCCUGACGUCGCGGGACACGCCAGUCAGCGGGCUCGGCCAUGUUUACAUAAAGCACAUCCUGCCACGGGGGGCGGCCAUCGCCGACGGUCGCCUCCACGCGGGAGAUCGCCUCAUCAUGGUGAACGGGGUGGACGUGAGCAGCAUGUCCCAGGAUCAGGUGGUGAGCAUCCUGCGUGGCGUUCACCCGGGCUCCUCCGUCGACCUGCUCGUGUCCCGCCACGAUGCCCUGCUGACCCCGCCAGCGCAGCAGCAGGCAGAGCGCUCGGGUGGGAUGAUCGUGACGGCGUCGGGUCCCUGCGAGUGCCUCAACCUGGAGAUCGCGCUGAGUGAGUGUGGCCCCGCGGGCCUUGGGGUCAGCGUAAAGGGCAACCGCAGCCGCGACGGCGCCCACGACCUCGGCAUCUACGUCAAGUCCAUCAUUGCCGGCGGGGCCGCCGCCAAGGACGGGCGCCUGCGCAUCGGCGAUCAGCUGGUCGCCGUGAAUAGGGAGCCGCUGCUCGGCCGUAGCAAUGCCGCCGCCAUGGAGACACUGCGGCGGUGCAUGGCCACGGAUGGGAGCGAGCGCGGCCGCAUCCACCUUGCAGUGGCACGGAGGGCGAGCGACGGGGACGAGCAACCUGUGCUGUGCGUGAGUCCCGUGGAUCCUGAGAGGGCGGUGGAUGCCGGAGUGGAUUCCGGGGAGGAGGCAGCGGCGGUUGAAGUUGGCGGUAGCAGCUGCGGUGGCGGCGGUAACGGCGGCGUUGUAGGCGGCGGUGUCGGAGCAUGCAGCGUCGCAUCCAGCCCCCCCCCUCGCGCGUCCCUGCUGGAGCAGCUCAUCGCUUCCAACUUGCGCAAUCAGUCGUACACCAUGGCCACACGCCUGCAUCCCUGUCCCUCCCCGGCCCUCUCAGGGGUCAUCGCCACGACAACCACAGCACCGAGCGCCGCCUGCACGCCGGCAGAAGCGGGCGCUGCAGCCGGUACCAGCUGUGCUACCGGGCGCUCCGUGCUGGACGGCCCAUCUUGGCCGCGUCCCAGUGUGGGGAGGGAGGCGUCCGUGCUGUUGCCACCGCUGCUGGCGUCCAUGCCAGAGCCCUCGGCCCAGGUGACCUCGAGGGACGAGCUGCUGUGCGGGGACUUCUCGCGAGCAGAACGGGCGGCUGGGUGGAGGCGAGCGGAGCUGAAAGAUGACGAGGAGGACCCCUCAGAGGAGAGCAGCCCCCAGAGUGUGGCGUUUGAACGCGAGGGCUUCGGGCGGCAGAGCAUGUCCGAGCGUCGGAGCAAGCGCUUCACGGAUGCCUCGCGCCUGCAGGCUCUCAAGUCUCGCAAAUCCAAGAGCAUGGACCUUGCGCUACCGCUGAUGGGCGGUCCCUCGGAGGAGGCGCCGUUGCACACAGAUUUUGUGCUGCUUUACUGUGUUGUGGGGAAAAGGCGAGACGUGGGCCCUACGCUGGGCCUCAAGAAGUCCACGUCGUUGGAGAGCCUGCAAACGGCAGUUGCCACGGCGACGCUCAUCAGCGACGGCGACGCGACCGGUGGCCGGGCUGAGGCGGGGGAGGACCAGCAGUCGGCCCAUCGCCCCCGGCAACGGCUGAUCCGUGGACGUGCCUGCAAUGAGAGUUUCCGUGUGGCCAUCGACAAGUCAUACGGCGACGGAGCUGAGGAGGAGCAGGGCAGCCCAGAGCAGGGAACUGACAUCGACGAGGAGGUGGAGGCGAGCGGCCGAGACUCAACGUCGGGCGGCAGCGACAGCCCACAGGGCACCGCGCCCGUGCUGGACGUCCCCGUCGCCGGGGCCACUGCGGCCACCACCAGGGCCCCCGCUGCCAGGGCCCCGAGCCCGCAGGACGCCGGCGCCAGCCCUGCCGCGAGAUGCCCUCCCCCAGGCCCUGCGGGCGGCUCGACGGCACGGGACAAGAAGAAGAAUAAGGAUGGUGACAAGGGUGACAAGGGUGACAAGAGUGACAAGAGUGGGAAGAAGGGAGACAAGAAAGGGGGCGGCGGUGACAGAGGGGAUGGAGACGAGAGUGGAAAGGGGCGGCACAAAAAGUCCGGAGUGCUCAAGGGACUCGGCGUCAUGUUCCGGUUUGGCCGACCCAAGAAGGAAGACAAAUCUCCAAAGACAGAUGGGAAGAACACAGCAAGAAGACCAGAGGAGAGUGGGGAAGACCGGGUCAUGAGCCCAGCCGAAACAUUUGAUGGUGGAGCUCGCCUUGAGCCAGACAGGGCAUUGAAGGUAGAUGGGGGGAGCAACACGCCCGAGUGGGAGCAGGAGGCAAGGGGGGGGAUGCCCUACCCGGCGGCGCGCUGGGAACCGGCCCCGGGCCCGGUGGGAUCGGGGGUGCCGCGGGCCGUCCGACCCGAGGAUGGCAGCUCGACGCUCAGGACCACCGCGGCCACCUCGUUGUCCUCCACCUUGUCAUCGCAGACCGUGGCCGUCCGGCUCCGGGAGCCCAAGCCCAACGGGGAGCGGACGUUCCACCAGGACCGAAUAAGUCAGCUGUUCCAAGAGUUCCAGAUGCGGCGCAGGGAGGCGAGGGCAGGCGGAGGUGGAGGAGUCGGGGCAUCAUGCCGGGACGGGAUCGAGGAGAGGCGUAAAACGUACAACUUCGAGCAGCCCUGGGAGUUUCCAACGUCUGACCAACAGAACGGGCAUGCUCUCCCAUCGGGCGAACCUCAGCCCCCGCCGCCAACCCAACCAAAGGUGCAGAGGCCCUACAACUCCCUACCCAGGCAUCCCAAGAAGACGUCGCAGCCCGCGAGUUGGCUGGUGCAAGCGCCAAGUGGGAACCUCGCAGCUGCGGGUGCCAGCUCGGGUGGCAGCAGCAGCGGCGGUAGCGGCAGUAGCGGUUGCAGCGCGACGGGCCCGCGGGCCCCGAGUGUCACGCAGCACAACCGCAGCUCUUCCGCUAGGCCCCGACCCGCCAGCACGCAGCCGCGGACGCUGCCCUAUGGGUACAAUGCACGCGUGCUGCAGGAAGCGCAGGAGCUCCUGCGACAGGAAGAGCAGCGGAGGCUCAGCGGUCAAAAGCAGCAGCAGCUGCAAGGAAAUGGGGCAUGCGAGGUGCACAGCAACAACAACCUGGCCACCACGACCGCUGCACCGGCAUCGCAGAGCGAAGACCUGGACCAACGAGGCCACAUGGCGGAGCAGCAGCAGCAGCAGCGCACGUCGGGAGGGGCCUUGGGGGCGGCCAGGUUGGGCCACAAUGGCUACCGCAGCACCGUGCGGAAGGAAGAAUCUUCCUCUGCAGCAUCGUCUCCCGCUGCCAAGGACGUCGGUCUUCUGUCGCCACCGGCUGCCAUUUGAGCUGGCCGUACGCCUUGGCAGAAUGAUGAUGAUAAUGGAUAAAGUCUUCAACACCCUGUUUCAGUCGCGGCGGUUGUGUGAUCAUACUUAAUCAUACAAUGUGGGUUGGUGAAGGAGGGAAGCCCAGGACUGCCUCAGACAUCACUUGCCAUUGUUGUUAACCAUUGUUUCAAACUCAACUGGCUGGGUUCAUAGCGCAGUGCGCUAAACACCGCACCGACGCUCCACCCCUUCGCAUAGCCUGAGUUAAUGGCGUGAGUGGUGUGGGCCACAUUAUAUUAACUUUCUCUCAUAGGGUGAUGUGUGACUGUAUGGAUGGAGGUAUCGGUUGUCAGAAGGUGCUUCCAGCAUUGGAAUGAGUAGUUUAAAGUUGGAUCUGUGAAGCCAUUCCCUUGACCACAAUUGGAAGCUGAUGCAUCUAAGCUAGACUGCGCUGAUGGGAUGAUGACUCAAGCAAGCUACUGGGCAAAGUGAAAUGCUGUCGGCUUAAGCCUCCGAAAAUUUCCAAAGAUAGACACACUCCUGGAUGAAAGACUUGUUAUUUAACAUGCUGUUGACUUUAAGUGGUCAUUCCAGCAGAUGUAAAGAAAGAGGCUUUGUGUUGGUAUAAAAUAAACUACUUAAAAAAAGACAAUAAAAAUGUACAAUUAUUUUAAAUACUGGAAGAGCUGGAGCUGAGCCUUGGCCACACGCACCAUGACUUCAACCCAAGUGUCAGAUAUCGGAGAACGCACACUGAGAUGUGCUCCCUUACGUGCCUUGCCUACCGGCAAUUUAGUUAUAUAUAUUUUUAACGAACUUGCAUUGUAUACGUACGUGUGGCGUUUAUAUGUGCGCAUACACUUAUUUACUUCACAUAUACCUGUAUACUUUUAAUUACGCGCAUUCACAUGGACGCACGUGGUUUAUGUUUUCCACAAAUUCGGUGAAAACCGCAGGGCCGAGCGACCAGCAGCUGUGGGGAAGGGCUUCAGUUAAUGAGAGAACGUGACGAUGGAUUUGCUGAUAGCGCAUUUCAUUUGCCUCGGUGCUUGGCAUGGCUGCUUCAGGCGUGUCACUUGCUGCUGCCGCAUACUUCAGCACCCAGUGUAGUGGUUGACCCACACAUUUUCCCGCACGCCUCGAUUAUCGCGGUUGCUUUCGCCCAAAGCAUGCCAGCGCGUUUGUGAUAACUUCAUACGCUGGCAUAAUUUACACUGUGCAAUUUUCAUCUUUUAUUUUCUCAUGGGCGUGUUUUACAGUUUUUUUUAUCAACAAUCAUGUGGUUUGCCUUAUUAAAGACAUUUUUUUGUACUAUUCUUUUAAUCA